GUCAGCGACUAAACAACAGCAGCUGCAGUGCUCGUGAGGAGCGAGGAGCGGGCUCGCGGUCGUUUUCAAUGGCUAAUCAGGGUGGAUGCGACAGCCUGCGCGCUUCAGAGGUGGAGCCGGUGGGAAAAAGCGCCGGAGAGACUUCCUCCCAGUCACUCAACUCAGGUGGAAGAGAGAUGGCGAAGAAAGAGGAAGAGCAACCUUCGGGAGUCCGACACCCUGCAGACACUGAUCCUCUCUGUCGUAUAUCAAAGCUGAUUAACUGGAAGAGACCGUUAUGGACUUCCGCUCUUUUCGCAACUACAAAUAUAGCGUUUUGGUUUGUGUUGCUUAGUCCCUGUCGGGUGUUCAGCCUCAUCUCCAUGUGUUUGGCUCUCUUAGUGAUGAUACAGCUGAUGAGAGAUGUGGCACUUUCCAGAUCCAGAGGAGCCUCUCUAUGGAGGAGUAUGACAAGCAGCUGGGAGGUCAUUGAUUCUGUCCAGGAGGGCAAGUCUGGAUCAGGAUCUCCAUUCACAGACUUCUGGAUGAGCCUCAAGCUCUUCAUUGAGGAGACUUCCUCUUUUAAGCAGCAGAAUCCAGGCAAGUUCUGUCUGCUGGUGUGCAGUAUGUGUUCUUUUUUGGCAAUACUUGGACGUUACAUUCCAGGGGUUGUUAUUUCAUACAUCUUAGUGCUGGGCAUUUUUCUCUGGCCUUUGCUGUCAUCACAUGAGUUUGGGAUGUGGCUGGAACCAGUUCUGCAGAAACUGGACUUUGGAGUGGGCCAGUUUCUUCAGAAAAUAAAAGAGAAUCAUGAGAAAAGGAUACUCCAGUCUCAAGCCAAGAGAGAGAGCAUUGAAGCAGAUCUGUCUGCACUUUUCCCCAUGAUGGACUCUACCAUGUGCAAAGAGCUGUCUAUAUCAGACACAGAGGUCUCUGAAAUAACAUGGACAGACAAUGGCACCUUUAACCUUUCAGAGGGACACACACCUCAGACAGAAAACUCAGAAGACUCAGACCGGCGAAGUGAUGAGGAGGUCUUCACAGGUGGAUUACCGGAGUUUCCCUCCUUGGAAAAUGGCUCGGGUACAAAUGGAGAUGACGAUGAAGACCUGAGCAUUGGUAUGCCCACCCUACCGGCCCAUCCCAGCAGGGUCGGGUCCACACAGUCAGACGAGGAACCAGCUGCCCAGGCCCUGGAGGUUGUGCAGAGGCUGGCUGGAGAUGUAAUCACGGCAGCAGUAACCGCGGCCAUGCAGGAACGCCUGGAGGCAGUGGUAGCGCCGGUGCUGGUCCAGGCCCUGGCCGAGGAAUCGGACAGCGAGGCGGAGGACUUUGAGUUGUUGGACCAGUCAGAGCUGGAACAGCUGGAAGGCGAGUUGGGGCUGGACCGGGCGAACCGUGCAGAAACGUCUAAAGCUAACAAACCUUCUUCAGGCUUUCUGUCCAAACUACUGGGGCACCACUGAUUUUAUUCAGAGGGGUUCCGCUUCCCUCUGUGAUGGGAUGUGGGUGGGAGGAUGAAUAUUGGGUUUGCGGGGAAAGGUCCAGAGUAAUGAAGGUAUUCCAUUGUUGUACUUUGCUGGUGUGAUUCAGUCAUUUUGCUAUAAAAACAGUCAUUUGUGGAAGGAGGCUAGUUGUGUAUUUCACAGGGAACUGGUUUUGGCAUAGCUACAUCUCAAUGGGUCAUCGGAGGAUCCUCUCAACCUCCAACCCUCCAGUGAACAGAGGGUCAUGGACCGGACUUAUGUCACUAGUUUAGCUGUUAAAGGGCUGGUAGAUACAGGAUACUCAAAUUUUGCUGCCAAAUAUUUUUUUUCUUUUCAACCUCACAUAAUUACUUCUAAAAAAUAAAGCUUCAUGGCCAAAGAGUAAGGGCCUCCCACUAAAUGACAAUCAGGAUAGCACUUACAAGCAAACAGAAACACCUUGUAGUGAAGUACACGUGAUAAAUAGGUAUUUUUAAUUGAAAAUUUUUCUUUUCUAAAAAAAUUUUUUUCAUGAAGGAUUUUUGAAAAGCCGGUGGUCUUAGUGUAUUGAUAAUUUACAGGCAUAGUCAUGUUUAAGACUUUAUUUUAUAUUUUUAUUUGCACCUUUUUUUUAAUAGAGUGAACCAACCAGGCACUAGAGCACAAAGGCACCAAAGUUGAACAGAUUUUGAUUUAUAUUCAUACGAAUAUUCAUCAAACAGUGCUUAAAGGGAUGGUUCACCCAAAAAUUAACAAUUUGACAUUAAUGGUGUUUAAUGUUGUUUUAGACUCCAUUGACUUUUUAUUUUAUAGACAUCUUUUGUGUGAUCCACUGAAGAAAAAAGUACAGAUAAUAUUUGGAAAGACAUGAGAUUGAGUAAAUAAUAAUUUUUGGGUGAACUCUUUCUAUUUAAUGUACACAAAGAACCUUAAGAUUUAUUUUCAGACAAAAGUAACAUCUAGAAUGUAUUUAAUCCCCAAGAACAAUUUAGAGAAAAGAUGAUAAUACUUUUAGUCAGUCUUAUAAAUCAAAAAGUCUCUUUGGGGAUCAUUAUCAGCUGUCUGAGAGAAAGACAGUAGAUUUUUAACCAACUGACCCAUUGUUCAUAAUAGUCUGUUAAUCAGUGUAAGUACAGAGGCACAUAUAGCCAAGACUGUUUCUGUUCACAGUGUGUGGUGCUUGGUGUGUAUCUAAAUUUAGUGUUUCUAACAAACUACUGAUGUAUUAUGAAUUUUGUUUUAAUGUAUCAAGUGCUUUCUAUAGCACAGUGGCUGAAUAGGAAUUUCUGCCAGUCACUAAUGACUGCUAUCCAAAAAUAAUUCUAAUCAGUGUAAAUUUGUUCACUUUUUUUUUAAUAAAUUUAAAUAUAUUAUUUAAUCCUAUAUAUAAAUCAACUAUUAGAUUGCUGCCACACACAUAUGAUCGCCAUAUAUGCCUGUGCAAGUUUGUUUUGUCAGAGCGAGGAAAAUAAUCAAAAUCUAGUUGUAUAUAAACAAUCUCCAGAAUGUAAUUAAAACUGUAUGAUUCAA